UCCCCUCACACUAACUCGCCUCACACUAACACACGUCACCUCACACUAACACACGUCACCUCACACUAACACACGUCACCACACACUAACACACGUCACACUCUCAUAACGUUCUCGUUAUGACGCUGCGCAGCGUGUGAAGUGAGCAAGGAGUGUUUAGUACCAGUGUUAGAAGAAAGUUACAAGGAGGGUGUGGUGGUGUGACCGGCCCUCGAGUGAGUGCCUGCCAUAAUGGCCCGUCCCUCAAGCACCCUGGUUGUGGUGGCUGUGCUGGGGGUGCUGACGGAGGCAGGCUCGACCUCCGGUGCCAGCGUCUGCCUCGACCCCAAUAACCGCAAGGAUCUUUGCGAGGCCAUCGACAUCUCGGACGUUGGCGUCGUCGGCAUCUUACGCCACCUGAGCAGCGCCUCGAACCCCCGCCGCCUUAUAGCCAAGGUCGAGACGCAGAUAUUGUUACCGGAGUGGAUGUUUGGAAGUCCGAGUGGGUGUUGCUCUAGGCAUGAGUACUACAUCAGCUGGGUCACAGAGGAGGAGGAGGGAAGCGUUGGGUGUACUCUAGAGGGCAUUCAACUUCAAGAAUACAAUCUUCUGUUCUUCAUGAGGGCCUUCAACAACUACACCAGCUUCCACCUGGCCGCCCAACCUCUGCGAAACUACUCAAGAAACAGUUUCGAUAUUGCCGCUCUCUCAGAACAUGAGGAGGUCCUGGACAGACCCACCGUAGAGGUCCCCGACGCCUGGCAGAUCAACCGCGUAGCAACGGGGGAGAGUGAGGGCAAUUACGACGUGCUGGAGGGCCGCCCGGUCAACCUCACCUGCACCUACGACAUCAGCCGCUCAUCCUCAGGGCAAAAGAAACUGAUAUGGUACAUCCCCGAGAACAUUAAGAAUGAGACAGGCAAUCACAGGAUCUACCGGGACAGUCAGUCUCAAAAGAUGGUGACCCGCACUCACAAGAUCAUGCAAGCUGACCCGAACCACGACUCCGGAAACUACACUUGUAAAGUCAAGGUUCAGAACAAAUUUAGUCCACCGAACGAAAUUAUUCUCAAUGUCAUACGCAAGAACUCGGCCCACGUGCAGCUGAGGCUCGACCACCCCAACAUUACCGACAUGGUAGACAGCAUUACUUGGCACGUGUACUUCCGUGCCUACCCGGAGCCUGUCUUCGUCUGGUACAAGGAAGGUGUUGAGGUGCUGGACUCGACCAAACCUACGGGAAACAAGCGCUACAAACACGAUGCGAUUGUCGAAGACGGCAUCUUGACACUGACCAUUGACGCCCCCACUGUGGAGGACAUCGGCCAGUACACCCUGGUGGCCAAGGUCAUCAACAACAACACAGUAGCUGCCUCAGACAACAUAACAAUGUACUUCACCCCACCAGUUAAGCCCGGCCAAGUGAAACUGAAGUCGUCCAACUUAGACGAGAUGCUGAAGAAAGGCGCAAAGUUCCAAAUGACCUGUACGUCCAGCGGGUUUCCCAAGCCUCGUGUGACUCUCCAGUUUAAACAUUGUUUCAGUAAAGACAACUGCACUAAUUACUCACCUCUCAGUAAGGAAAACAAUGAAACCUACAACGGGCUGUCAGCGGGCAUAUCCUACACCCCCAGCCACAGGGUGAUGGAGAGCAUCAAGUGGAACGGUCAGGCGCAUAUUCCUGGAUAUUACAGGUGUGUGGCCGACAACGAGCUCGGCAACUCUACCUCUCCAGCCCUCAGCUUCAUCGUUACUGAUGGUGAAUAUGUACACCAGAGUACAUCUCCAGUGUCCCUGGAGGCGGAGGUGAACGGAGAGUCGCAGCCCCACCAGAACCUGCAGGUCUUGGAGGGCGACAACCUCACCUUCCGCUGUCGAAGCAUUAAGGUGCUCGCCGCUGGGGCUUUACAGUGGAAGCUCAAUGGUCAUCUCCUCACAGACCGCGACAAGAGGGAAUGGAAACUUAAUGUGAAGAGAAAUGACUCGGAACUGUGUUACAUCUCUGAGAUGGUGAUGGAGCAUGUGACUCAGAGCGGGAACAACUUCAGCCUAGCCUGCACCGACCGCCCUCACCACAGCCUAACCCGGACCGUCCGUAUUAACCCGAUGGUGGCGCCCAAGUGGAAGACUGGUGUUAGGUCCCCUCUUAAAGACCACAACCUCAAGGAGAUGGGUAACCUGACCCUGGAGUGCAGCGCCGAGGGUGUGCCCGUCCCUCAGGUCACCUGGUACAAGGACAACAACAAGUUGGAUGAUAGAGCAGACCACAGGAAAGUCAGCGGAGAUCAGAUCUCAUUUAGUUUCCUGAAGACUUCAGAUGCUGGCGUGUAUAAGUGUGAGGUGACAAACCGCGCCGGAACCAUCUGGAGUGAAGCCCGGCUCACUGUGAUUGACCCGGACGCCUUCGUCGACACCACCAUCCUGAGUGUCGUCGGUGUACUGAUUUUCUUCCUCUUGUUCAUUAGCAUAUUCUUCUGCAGGAAGAUCAUCCAGGAUAGGAAGCGGGCACUGGACCUGCGACUAAGGGAACAAAAAUUGUUCAAUGAAGGCGACCCGGAAAGCCUCAACCCAGAGAUUGGAAUAGACCAACAAGCAGAACUGUUGCCAUACAACACCAAGUAUGAAGUCCCGCGAGAGACUAUUAUUUUUGACAAACUGCUGGGUGCAGGAGCCUUCGGGAGAGUGUACCGAGCUACAGCCAUCAACCUGACCCCUGGCCAGGCCCGGACCACAGUAGCUGUCAAGAUGAUGAAGUCUCGCACAGACAGCGCACAGCUUAAAGCCCUGCGCUCAGAAGUAAAGAUUAUGAUCCACAUUGGCCGCCAUAUUAACAUUGUCAACCUGCUGGGGGCCUGCUCCAAGGACCUGGCUUCAAAAGGUGAACUACUUCUCCUUGUGGAGUACUGCAAGUAUGGCAACAUUCUUGACUACAUGCGUCGCCAUCGUAAAGAGUUUGUCAACCAAAUUAAUGAUGAAGAUAAGAUAGACCCAACUCUUACUGAUCUACGGCUGAGGCAACGCAGCGGCUCCGGAUCACGGGGCAGGACGUCUCGUGGUAUCAAGUAUGCACAUCUUAGCUUCAACCAAGACAAUGUCCUGUACACCAAUGGCCAGACAUCUGACCCAGACAACCCCAGCCAGGCGCUGUGGGCCGCCCCAGCCUCCCCGCCUCACACGCCAGGCAUCUGUGAAGAUUCAAUGGGAACCUUCCGCAGUCGGACCAUUUCCAACUCCUCUAACCACCACAUUACCUCUGACAUGAGCACCCUCACCUUUGAGAGCAGCAGCGGCGCCUCAGACGGCUAUGUUGGCUCCCGCUCCCUUGGCCCCCACGCUGCUGCCUUUUGUUCCAAAGAUCUUCUCUGUUGGGCUUUCCAGGUCGCCAGGGGAAUGGAGUACCUUGCCUUUAAAAAGGUGCUCCAUGGAGACUUGGCGGCUCGUAAUGUUCUUCUGGCGGAAGAAAAUAUUGUCAAGAUCAGUGACUUUGGACUUGCGAAAGACAUUUACAAAAACCAAAACUACAAGAAGAAGAGCGAUGGACCAGUACCCGUCAAGUGGCUGGCACUGGAGUGCCUGAAGGACGGGGUCUUCUCCAUCCAGAGUGACGUCUGGGCUUUCGGGGUGGUCAUGUGGGAGAUAUUCAGCCUGGGACAGAACCCAUACCCUGGAGUAGACUUUGACGAGAACUUCAUCGUCAAGUUAGAGAAGGGAGUGAGGCUGGACCAGCCACGCUUCUCCACCUACAGCCUGUACCGCGUGAUGCUGGAGUGUUGGCACACCGACCCGCUGGCCAGACCCUCCUUCUCCACCCUUGAACACUCCCUGGGGGAGAUGUUGGGCGACACUGAGAAGCAGUAUUACCUGGAGCUGAACAAACCUUACCAAGCAGAGAACACAGAGAGCAGUUUCCUGAGCAUGCUGCAGAGUCCUGAUUAUUCCUCAAAAGUGCGUGAUGUAAGUCCAAAUAUUGAUGAUGAAGGAUAUGAGAUGCCAUUCAGUCCAAGUCCAUUUCAAGACGUUUUGAUAGAUGGUGAGACCCACAAUGGACAGCGUGUUCACACUCCACGUCUAACUCCUUUGCAAAUAGAUUUACUUCAACAGGAGGUUGGAAUGACUAAUACAGGCUCAGCUGGAACUUAUCUCUCAAUGUCCUCCCCAACCAGAAACAAUCAAAAUGUAUUUAACUUUGACCAAGAAACUGUGACAUCCAUGUCAAAUCGAGAUAACGAGACAUACUCUGAAAAUUAUGAUGAAGAAACUGAUGGAGUUGAUAUUGAUCUCUACCUGAAAAUGGAUCCUGGAUCAACACCAAUGAGUGGAAGAUCAAUGAGUGGAAGCAGUGAAAAUUCCCCAGCGUUGAUUAACAUUGGAGAUGUUCCCAAACUUGAGAGAUUUCCAAUUAAACAUGAUCCCGUUUCUCUUCGCCAUAAACUGGUUCGUAGAGCAUCAGAAAUGGAAAAGCACGACAGUGGCAUGUACAGUCCCACCGCAUACAUGCAAACAAACCCUAGUUACAUGACCAUGAACAGCUUUAUUAAAACUGAUGAAAAUAAUUACCUUACUAAAGAGGCUGCCAAAGAAAUGAAAAGACUCCAGGAGGCUCAGCUCCAUGACCAACCUGAAUACAUAAAUUAUGACACCAUGAAAGCCACAGCCAAAUCUCUUCCACGAAGAUAUAUUAAGGAGAGCAAGUCUGAAGAAGAAUAUGCUAAUCUCCUUGCCGGUGAAGGGGUCAGAGAUAGAACUAUAUCUGAAGCUUCCAGUGGCUUAGGCUCCAUAUCCGAGGAGAGUCCACCAGAGGCCAGAGCAAAGACUGAUUCCCUCAAAUAUUCUGCAAUGAAGAAUGCCAUAAUGGAGGAGCCAGUAGCUGCAUAAGCUCCUAUGCUUACUAACUUUAAAAUGUGUUCAAAAUGCAUCCUGUCAUAAAAUGUGACAAAUAAGUACGUUAGAUAUAGAUUUAAGUGAAUAAUGCAAUAAAACAGCAAUAAUGACAAUAAACCAAGGUUGUUAUUGCAUGAAUAUUAGUAAUUAAUUGUGAGGUGCAAAACCAAUUUUGUCCAUGGCAGAAUAGUUUUUAACGCAUCUUGGUGGCGAUAAGUUUAUCCCAAAUCAAAUAUUACUAGAUAAUGCAGUGUGCUGGUACAAAAUAUUUCCAGAAAUGCAGCUCACUCGUACAAACUAUUUUCAGCGAUACAGUGCACCAGUACAAAAUGUUACCAGAUAAUACAGUGCACCAGUACAAAAUGUUACCAGAUAAUACAGUGCACCAGUACAAAAUGUUACCAGAUAAUACAGUGCACCAGUACAAAAUGUUACCAGAUAAUACAGUGCACCAGUACAAAAUGUUACCAGAUAAUACAGUGCACCAGUACAAAAUGUUACCAGAUAAUACAGUGCACCAGUACAAAAUGUUACCAGAUAAUAAAGUGCACCAGUACAAAAUGUUACCAGAUAAUACAGUGCACCAGUACAAAAUGUUACCAGAUAAUACAGUGCACCAGUACAAAAUGUUACCAGAUAAUACAGUGCACCAGUACAAAACAUUACCAGAUAAUGCAGUGCACCAGUACAAAACAUUACCAGAUAAUGCAGUGCACCAGUACAAAAUAUUACCAGAUAAUACAGUAGUAGAAAAUAAAGUUGGAUAAUUGUAUAUUCAUGAUGCUUACGUGUAAUUACAUGAAGUUUUGAACAAGCAUUAUAACAGGUUGUUUAUAUUGAAAUUAAAUGAAACUGUUUAAAUGUAAGUAAUUAACUUGUAAGUUUACUUAUUUUCUUCUUAAGAGUAUUUACGGAGAUUGAGGUAAUCUGUGAAGGCAAGGAAUGUAAUCUCUUGAAAAAGCAAACUCAAGUGUAAUGGAUAACACAAAACUGAAUUAUUCGUUUUGAGAUGGCAAGAGCCAUAGUGUUUUAAAACGCCAGACUUAUGACUUUAUAGAACAAAGAAUGUUAUGCUUUGAACUUAAGAAUAUAAGUAAUUUUUGCCAGAAAACCUUAAAUGUUUUCUAAAGGUGUACGUGUACAAGUCAAUCUUAAAAACAGUGUGUUAUGGAGGUUCACUCAAGCUGGUUUUAAGAUUUGGAGCGAGUUAUUAAGGUUUCGAUAAGUCGGCCAGCCCGUCCUCAUAGUUUCUUGGCCAAAUGCUAGUUAAAUCCAGCCUCGACUCCUGUUUACGAAUGAAAAGCCCUACUCUCGACUCGCCACUGAUACCGUUCGAUCAGGGGAUUCUGGUUGUGCCAGUUUCAUCCCAUUACACUGAUUCAGUAUUUUCAUAUAGAUGAAUCACGUCAUUGUGCAUUACGCAGAAUGUUCAAAUUUAUGAACUGUCUUUGCGGUCGGCCGUCACCUGGACGAGCUAGCCUGAGGAUGGGGUGAAUACUGAUGUUAAACAUUCCCAAUAUUUUAAGUCUUACAACUGGAAUUACAUUCAUCACAGAUAAUAAUGGCUGUUUUAAAUUACAUUUUAUGAAAAGUACAAAUAUUGAAGUAAGUAUUUUUCAUUAUUUGAAAUGAGACUCAUUUGAAAUGAAAGAAAUAUUUUCUAAGAAUAUUGCUUCAGCUCGCUGUUAACAAGGUAAAUGUCAUAAUUAAUUUAACCCUUCAAUACAGAGGUGCUUGAAGGAGAGUGAUUUUUUGGUCGUAAAUAUUUAAUAGUUUUAAGUACAUUUGAUAUAAUAUAUAUAUAUAUAUGUCGUACCUAGUAGCCAGAACGCACUUUUUGGCCUACUAUGCAAGGCCCGAUUUGCCUAAUAAGCCA